UAGAAAGAGGCACAAAUAUACCAAGAGUAUUCUCCCUUUGUUGUUUUCUCAGCCAUGGCAUCCCAGAACCAGCUUCACUUUAUCUUGUUUCCUUUGAUGGCCCCGGGCCACAUGAUUCCCAUGAUCGACAUUGCCAAGUUGCUGGCACAGCGUGAGGUGCUUGUAACUAUCAUUACCACGCCCAUCAAUGCUCAAAGAUUCAGUAAAACUAUCAAUAGUGCAAUAGAGUCAGGGCUCCAACUCCAACUCAUCGAAAUCCGUUUUCCAUCUGUGGAAGCUGGUUUGCCAGAAGGUUGUGAAAAUAUUGACAUGCUUCCCUCGCUGAACAUGGCUGCCAACUUCUUUGUUGCACUUAACCUGUUGCGCCAAGAAGUGGAGCAAUCCUUAAAAGAGGUAAAUCCCAAGCCAAGCUGCCUGAUUUCAGACAUGGGUUUACCUUGGACGACACAAAUAGCUAAAAGGUUUGAUAUCCCAAGAUUUGUGUUCCAUGGAACGUGUUGCUUUUCGCUCUUGUGCUCUUACAAGUUACAACAUCCUAGUCUCCAGGAUUCGGAAGACAUAACCUCAGAUACAGAGUACUUUGUGGUGCCAGGCCUGCCGGACCGGAUUGAAGUUACUAAAGCUCAGACAUCAGGUGCCAUCAACGCGAACUCAUCUGCAUUGAAAGAUAUUACCGACCAAAUCAGAGAAGCCGAGGAAACAUCAUAUGGUGUGGUGAUUAAUAGUUUUGAGGAGCUGGAGCCCGAGUACUUGAAAGAGUAUCGAAAGGCCAAGGGGAAGAAAGUCUGGUGCGUAGGCCCUGUGUCAUUGUGCAACAGGGAUAACUCAGACAAGGCCGAGAGGGGAAACAAGGUUUCAAUUGAUCAAGAACAUUGCUUGAAUUGGCUGAAUUCACGCAAGCCGAGAUCAGUGGUUUAUGCAAGUUUCGGAAGCUUGUCUCGCCUGACGCCUCUGCAAAUGAUGGAGCUUGCAUUUGGUCUAGAAGCAUCAAAAAGACCUUUCAUAUGGUCGAUUGGAGGAGGCGGACAAGUAGAAGCACUAGAGGAGCUGAUUUCGGGAAGUGGAUUUGAAGAAAGGACCAAAGAGAGAGGCCUCCUGAUCAGGGGUUGGGCACCACAAGUGCUCAUACUUUCCCACCAGGCAAUUGGAGGAUUCUUGACCCAUUGUGGGUGGAACUCGACGCUGGAAGGGAUAUCAGCAGGUGUGCCAAUGGUGGCGUGGCCGCAAUUUGCUGAGCAGUUUUACAAUGAGAAGCUGAUUGUAAAAGUACUCAAGAUUGGAGUGAGCGUGGGUGUUGAAGUGCCCGUGAAGUGGGGAGAGGAAGACAAAGCGGGGAUAUUAGUGAAGAGGGAAGAUGUCAAGAAAGCAUUAUAUGAACUGAUGGACGAUGGAAAGGAAGGAGAAGAGAGAAGAAGAAGAGCAACAGAGCUUGGGGAGAAGGCCAAGAAGGCAAGUGAAGAAGGCGGCUCUUCUCACAAGAAUAUGACAAUGCUAAUCCAAGAUGUCUUGGAACAGCAAAGCUAAGGGAAGUAGCAAAAUGAAAACACAGGCAUGCUGGUGGACUAAGAUUUCCUGAAUAAUAUUUAUUAUCUGUACGAUUAUCUAUGACAAGUAAAGCAUUCGGUUUCUAUCUAAAUUUGCUCCACGAAACCAUACUUUCUUUUUUUUUUGGGAUCCAGAGU